AUGUCUUGCUGCAAAGGUCCCGGCUACGCGUCACCAUUAGACGCAUUUCACAAUGGCCCUAGAGAGGAGCUGUUGUACGUGAUCUGUGUACAACCCGACAAAACGAAGCAGGACUAUGUUGCUACGGUUGACGUAAACCCUAAAUCCUCUACUUAUAGUCAGGUCAUACACAGGACAUAUACUGGUGCAGUAGGUGACGAACUGCACCACAGUGGAUGGAAUGUCUGCUCCAGCUGCUACGAUAGACCAGAACUGAAGAGAGACCUACUCGUCUGUCCAAGUCUCCAUUCGAGUAAUGUCUACAUUGUUGAUGUUGGUACAAAUCCUAGGAAACCAGAAUUGCAUAAGGUAAUCGAUGGCUCAGAAAUGAGGUCGUUCAACUGCAGUUUCCCACACUCGGUACACUGCCUGGCGAGUGGAGAGGUCAUGAUAUCCACUAUGGGUGACGCAGAGGAAAAUGGAAAAGGAGAUUUUGUGCUGAUUGAUUCGAAGACUUUGAAAGUUACAGGUUCUUGGGCAAAAGGAGAGAAGAGAGCUAAAUUUGGUUACGAUUUUUGGUAUCAACCGUACCACGACGUUAUGAUCGCAACUGAAUGGGGUUCACCGAAACAUUAUAAAAAGGGUUUCCAGCCCUCGGAUCUAUCCAAUCCAGACAUAUAUGGAACCAGUCUCAAUUUUUACCGCUGGUCGACGCACGAGUUAAUUCAAGUUAUAGAUUUAGGGACGGAAGGGUAUGCACCCCUUGAGACCAGGUUCCUACAUAAUCCCAAAGCCGCUGAGGGAUUUGUGGGGUGCGCAGUACUAGGAAACGUAUACAGAUUUUACAAAAACAGCAAUGGAACAUGGAGCGCCGAUAAAGUCAUCGAUAUCCCAGCUAAAACUGUGUUACAAGGUGGAGCUGAAACUAAAAUUAAUGCUCUGGUAGGCGACAUAUUGUUGUCAUUGGACGAUAAGUACCUCUACUUAUCAUGUUGGAUGCACGGAGACGUGAGACAGUACGAUAUAUCAGAUACGAAAAAUCCAAAGCUCGUUGGACAAAUUUUCCUUGGCGGGCAAAUAGCGAACAACGACCUAAAUGUAAUCGAUGACAAGGAAUUGGAGGAACCACCAAAGCCUGUAAUUGUAAAAGGAAAAAGGCUUUAUGGCAGUCCACAGAUGAUACAACUAUCUCUAGAUGGAAAACGACUGUAUGCAUCCAGCUCUCUGUAUUCACCCUGGGAUAAGCAAUUUUAUCCUCAAAUGAUCAAAGAGGGUGGAUGGAUUGUGAAAAUAGAUGUGGACACCGAAAACGGAGGACUGAAGUUAGAUGAAGAUUUUCUUGUGCAUUUUGGUGAUGAACCUAACGGCCCGGUUUUACCUCACGAAAUUAGGUACCCUGGAGGAGACUGCACUUCAGACAUUUGGUUAGCUAAGGAAUAG